AUGGAGAUUUUGGCGACAGAGCAAGAUCUGAACUCUCAUAUCGGAGCCGCGAUGUCUCUGGCGGAGGAAAUUGUGGCAACAAAAUCUGAAAUCUCAGAUCGGAGCAGAGAUGUCUCGUCAAUUGCAGUCACUACCGUCCUGUGCCGCCUCAUAUGUCCUCCCAAAGCAUAUCUUGACGAGAAUCCCGCACCACAGAUGGCACACUCAUGA